AUGGAUACUCCAGUAAAACAAGUAGAAGAAGACACGACAUCUUCAACACAGGAUUUGUCGGAAUCGACUGCAGAAAAUGAAAAGAAAUCGUCUGAUGAAGAAAUCAAAAAAGCCUUGACAAAAACAACAAGGAAGGUGAAAUAUAUUCUUCAACCACGACUUCGAAAAGUCACAACUGUUUCAAGUUCUUUGGGUUUAGUUGUUCAAACAACAGCUGAAUUUUUGACAAUUUGGAUAUUGAAUACUUCAAAGUUUAUGGAUAUUGGACAUUCUGAUGUGACUUCGAAAUUUGAAUUGGGAAGUUGGAUAAAAAUCGGAUUAUUUCCCACAGGAGAAUUGGCGUCUUUGUAUCCACAACCAUUUAUAGUUUCACCACAUCCCACAAGAAUUGUUGAAGGAAAAGUUGAAGUAAUUUAUUUUUUUUUUUUGAAAAAUAAAAAAAAUAAUUGGCGCGAAAACGUUUUUGCGCAAGCUUCUUCAAUUUAAAACAAACUCGCUGCGAGACCAGACAACUCAUUAAUUAUAUGUUUCUUUUAGGUUUUCUCAACGGUCGGGGAGAGUUAUUCAAUUCGUGAAAAAGGCUGUCAAUUUGGUAAAGUUGGUUUUCGCGCAUCGCUUUCUCAUUUGCUCACAAAAAAGUCGAAAGAAACGAUUGGAGUUUGGAUAAGAUGGUUGACUGAAAAAGAAGCGAAAGAGACAACUGAUAAAUGUCAGUGGGAAAUUGUGGAAUUGGAUCAGAAUCAGACAUCGGAUUUGGAAGAUUUUGGUGAUCAUGAAUAUCGAAAAUUCAGCGAGUUUAUCAGAAAUCGAAUUGAAAGACCUGUAUGUUUUAAUUAAAAUUAUCUUUCUAUUUAUUUUCUUUAAAACAGAGAAACUACGAAUCUCGCCUUUCUGAAUGCCCUUUGAAAUCAACCAUCCGCCAUUUCGGCCUGGUCACCGAUACUUACGAAAAUAAAAGUCAUUUUUCCGUUUGGUCUCCAGGAGUUUCGUCAGAACAUGAUCAUUUGGCGAAAGUUCCACUAGACAAGGAAUCUGGAUUAUUAUUUUCUGAAUAUCCACCAGCUCCUGGACAAUGGUUGCAAUAUGAUUUAUCGCCAAAAGAUGCGGAGAAAUAUGCGAUGCCAAAAGGCGGAGGAAAUCGCUUCUUUAUUAUUGAAUAUAUGCCGAUUAAUUCGCCAAAAGGAAUCACAGUCUUUCAAAUUGGACGGUAUUAUAGAGUUAGUUCAAUUUCUGAGAAGAUUUUUAAUCAAAUUUAUGUUUUCUGGUAGUUUUCGGCGCGCUAAUCAAUAUUGUGCUGUCUAAAACUGCAAAGCUCAACUUCUAACAUGAGUUAUGCCGUGGCAAAGUUAAAAAUUGCGACUUCGUGAGGCCAAAACUCGCCUUGAAAAUGAUUUUCAUGAAAAUUUGAUAGCAAAGCGUUUUUCAGAAGGCUCGAUUACAUAAGUAGAGAAGGCUUCACUAAAAUCCGAAAUAUUUUUCAAAACUUUUUUCACUGAACAAAAAAAUAAUUUUUGAUCACACAAUGGAAACAUUACUUAUGUAAUCGAGCUUCCUGAACAACGCUUUGCUAUCAGAUUUUCAUGAAAAUCGCAAGUUUCGGCCGAACAAAGUCGCAAUUUUUCGAAAUUUUCCAAAUUUCCCACGUCAUAACUCAUGUUAGAAGUUGAGAUCAGCUAGUCGAAAACUACUAGAAAACAUAUAUUCUAUUAGAAAUUUUCAAUUUCCAGAUAAUUCUAACCUGCGUCCUUGUGAAAAGCACCGAAGAUCCACUCGUCUAUGAAUUGCCAGAUUUCGGAUAUGUUUUGGAUCGAAAAUCGAAUCUUCGAUCGGGAGCAUUUAUGCAAUUGGUUUUGGAAAGAUUGCCGCAUCGAACCAGAAAAAUGUACAAUUUGAACUGGAAAAUUGUUGGUUCCAAAUUUAUUGAAGUUGCUAAAAUUGAUGAGAUUGAGGCGACACAAUCAUUGAUUACACAACUUGUACCACAUUAUGAGGCGUAUGAAUGUUGUACACAAAUGUCGAAUGAUAGAAUUACUUGUGAGAUUUUUUUGGGGGAAUUUUGUUGGAAUUUUUUUUAAUACAGAUUACCCGGUUUAUCGAUCACCUUUGGGUUCAAAUAACAGUCAACAUCGAUUUCCUCGAAAUAAUUUUGAUGGACCUGCUUUCAUGUACGAAAAUUCGAAGAAGAAGUUUAAUAACUCAACUGUGGUAAUUUUUCUUUCAAAAAAUUCAAAAAUAUCAUAAUUUGAAAAAAUAUGAGGAUUUUUCAAAGGAAUGCACAGCUCUUGUUGAAAAAAUUGAUCAAAUUGCGAAAACUGCGAUUCUUUGGUCAUUUGAUGCUGCUGCAAAUUGUGAGUUUUUUUUUGAAAUCUUAGGAAAACAUGUUUUUAUUCAGAUCACAUUGUUUACAAUGAUUCUCUGGAUCUUGAUAAAGGUGAUAUGAUUUAUGUGACACUUCAACAGAAAGCUGAUCAGAAAUCGGUGCGAGGAUUCCGUUGGUCGAUUCAGAAAUAUGAGAAACGCGAGCCGACUUAUAAAUGUAGUAUUUUGGGGAAUCGAGUUGCGGUAAGUUUUUUUUUGAUAGGAAAAUUGAGAUUAUUGCAAAAUUUAGCGUUUUUAUGGGCCUGUUCAGAAUAAUAUUUUGUAAUAAAAAAACAUAUUUUUCCUAUGCAGAAAAACGUCGAAAAACAAAAUAUACAGUUUAUUAUUUUUGAGUAGAGACAAUGUGAAAUUGAGAGAGCGCAGACAGUUUUUUGUAUUUUUUUGUGCGAAAAAUCAAUUUUUUCUGUCUGCACUCUCUCAAUUUCACAUUGUCUCUACUCAAAAAUAAUAAACUGUUAAUUUUGUUUUUCGACGUUUUUCUGCAUGGGAAAAAUAAUUUUUUUUGAUACAAAAUAUUAUUCUGAAUUCAAAAUUUUGAAAAAUGGAGUUGUGAGCAAAAAAUAAGUUGUGCUCAUUUGAAAGAGCAUUUUCUAAUUAGUAGAAGGUUCUUUAACUUUAGUUUUAAAAUUUCAAAGUUCGAAAAAACAGUGGAACACCGUGUUUGGAGCUGUGUUUCUCUGCCAAUUCCGAUUUUUAUGAAAAUUUGGAAAUUUUAACCAGGAGGCGAAUUUUUGAAUUAAAACUGAUCGAUUUUUAUUUUUUUGAAACUGAUCGAAAUUUUGAUCAUCGGAUUUUUCAUCAAAAUUAUAAAAAUCGAAUCAGUUUCAAUUAAAAAAUUCGUCUCCGGGUUGAAAUUUCAUGAAAAGCAGAAAAACAAAGCUCCAAAUACGAUGUUUCACCGUUUUUUCGAACUUUGAAAUAUUUUCAGAAAAAACCCUUCGAGGAUUCUACUAAUUAGAACAUGCUCUUUCAAAUGAGCACAAAUUAUUUUUUGCUCACAGGCUCCACCUUUAAUUGUAUUUUCCACAGAUCUACGAAGAGAUGACAUUUUUUCGGAAUAUUUGA